AAAAUCUUCGCUCAUUUUCAACAUUUGAACUGUUAAUCAUCGCAAAUAUUUAAAAUCAACUAUUUUCCUUCUCGUAUUUGGCGCUGCAUUUUUAGGUAUUUCUCAGCUGAUGAUUUGGGUUGAGGCAUUUAAAGAAACAAACCUAAAUUUGGUUUGAAUACCUGAUUAAUCCAAAAAGCGGAUCUACAUUGAGUGAAUCAAAUUUUUGCCAUAUAUUGACAGAGUUUUGUUGAUUUGUUUUUUUAAAAAAUCAAAAUGGACGAUGAACUUGAAGCCAUCAGAGCUAGGAGACUCCAAGAACUUCAACAGCAACAUCAAGGUGCUAAGGGUCCCUCCGGCAGUGGUGGUGAUGACGGCCAAGCUAGACAGGAGAGAAAAGAGAAAGAAGACGAGUUCCGUAACACUAUCUUGUCACAAAUUUUAAGUCAAGAGGCUCGAGCACGUUUAAAUACAAUUAAAACUGCCAAACCAGAAAAAGGUAAAAUGUUGGAAGACAUUUUAAUAAACAAUGCUCGAAUGGGCGCAAUAAGCUCUAAACUAUCCGAAAAUGAUCUCAAGAGUAUCUUGGAAAAAGUUAGCCAGCAGUUCAAUAAAGAAACAAAAGUUAAAUUUGACCGAAGAAGAGCUUGUAUUGACUCUGAUGAUGAAUGAUUAAAAUCUUUUUGAAUUUUUUGAAAA